GGCUCGGACGUGCGAGAGAGGAGCCCCCGUUUCCUUACCGCGGUUGUCACCGUAUCUUUUGGACUACCGGCCGAGGGAACAAACAAACAAACAAACAAACAAACAAACAGACAAACAGCCCGGAGGAGAAAGCAUGCAACCUGGCGCUACACCUCGUCCACUGAGAUGUGUCUGAGCGACAACGAUGGGCCAGAGAAGGAAAGCAUGCCGGUGAGGCGCGUGGGCCAAGCCACGCCAUCCGUCGCCACCGCCGCUACGCCAACCCGCACAGUCAUGCCCCGCCUGCCCUCCUGAUUUCCCCAAAACCCCGACAGCCCGCUCAGCCCCGCUCCCUCCGCCACACCGGACCCACAACCACGCUUCCCACACCAAGCGUUCACCGGUCAGCAUGGCCAUGCCCUUCCUGUGGAAGCUGUCGUCCCAGAAGCUGGGCUUCUUCCUGGUCAGCUUCGGCUUCAUCUGGGGCAUGAUGCUGCUGCACUUCACCAUCCAGCAGAGGGCCAGCCAUGAGAGCAGUGCCGUGCUGCGCCAGCAGAUCCUCGACCUCAGCAAACGUUACAUCAAGGCCCUGGCUGAGGAGAACCAGAGUGUUAUGGACGGGCCCUAUGUGGGCACCAUGACGGCCUACGAUUUGAAGAAGACCCUGGCCGUGCUGCUAGAUAACAUCAUGCUUAGGCUGGGCAAGCUGGAGUCCAAGGUGGAGAACAUCUACAAUGGCACAGGGGUCAACCUGAUCAACAGCACCAGCACUGUUGCGCCUAGCGCCACCAAUGCAGAAAAGGUCAACGUUGCCGACCUCUUAAACGGUGCCCAAGAGAAGUGUGAGCUGCCACCUUUGGAUGGAUUUCCCCACUGUGAGGGCAAGCUCAGGUGGAUGAAGGACAUGUGGCGCUCCGACCCCUGUUAUGGCAACUACGGUGUGGACGGAUCCACCUGCUCCUUCUUCAUCUACCUCAGCGAGUCGAGACUGUUCCUCCACCGUGUGAAACGGUGCAUGUUGCGGGUGCUGGACUCGUUUGGGACCGAGCCGGAGUUUAACCACGCCCACUACGCCCAGUCGAAGGGCCACAAGACGCCCUGGGGGAAGUGGAACCUCAACCCUCAGCAGUUCAACACCAUGUUCCCCCACACUCCAGACAACAGCUUCCUGGGCUUCGUGGUGGAGCAGCACCUCAACGCCAGCGACUUCAAGCACAUUGACGAUAUCAAGAGACAGAACCAGUCUCUGGUGUACGGGAAGGUGGACAACUUCUGGAAGGACAAGAAGAAGUACCUGGAUAUCAUCGACAGCUACACGGAGGUGCACGGCACCGUGCACGGCACCAGCACCGUGCACCUUCCUAGCUACGUGAAGAACCACGGCAUCCUUAGUGGCCGGGACCUCCAGUUCCUCCUCCGAGAGACCAAGCUGUUUGUGGGUCUGUCCUUCCCCUACGAGGGUCCCGCCCCCCUGGAAGCCAUAGCCAAUGGCUGCGCUUUUCUCAACCCCAAGUUCAACCCACCAAAGAGCAGCAAGAACACCGACUUCUUCAAGGGCAAGCCCACCCUCAGAGAGCUGACCUCUCAGCACCCGUAUGCGGAGGUGUACAUCGGGCAGCCCCACGUCUGGACGGUGGACAUCGACAACCCCGCCGAGGUGGAGCGGGCCAUCCGCUCCAUCCUAAGCCAGAAGAUUGAGCCCUACCUGCCCUAUGAGUUCACCUGUGAGGGGAUGCUGCAGAGGGUCAACGCCUUCAUCGAGAACCAGGAUUUCUGCCACGGCCAGGUGAUGUGGCCCCCGCUCAGCGCCCUGCAGGUGAAGCUGGCCGAGCCGGGGCGCUCCUGUAAGCAGAUGUGCCAGGAAGCCCAGCUCAUCUGCGAGCCCUCCUUCUUCCAGCACCUCAACAAGGACAAGGACCUGGCCAGGUUCGGGGUGGACUGCCAGACAGUGGAGUCCAGCGCGGACACGGUGGUGCCGGCCUACAGCGAGACGCAGCGCCACUGCAUCUUCCAGUCAGACCUGCUGCUCUUCAGCUGUGCUGGGGCCCACCCCUCGCUCAAGCGCAUCUGUCCCUGCCGCGACUACAUGAAGGGGCAGGUGGCCCUCUGCAAAGGCUGCCUAUAGCAGCG